AUGUUUUGGAAGGUUGGAGAUCCUUCAAGAUUCAGACUUAGUCAUGAGACAUCUUUUGUCAGAGCACACACUAGUUUUUGGACAAGAAUUCCUUUCUACUUUUAUAUUGGAUGCUUCCUUCGACAAUUUUUCAGGUCUGUUAGUAGGGCUGACUACUUGACAUUGCGAAAUGGAUUCAUCAAUGUCCAUUUAGCUCCCGGAAGUAAAUUUGACUUCCAGAAAUAUAUUAAAAGAUCAUUAGAGGAUGACUUCAAGGUAGUAGUGGGAGUAAGUCCUGUGUUGUGGGCAUCGUUUGUGGUUUUCUUGCUUUUAAACGUAGAUGGAUGGCAAGCACUUUUUUGGGCAUCGUUAAUCCCCUUGAUUAUAAUCUUAGCAAUUGGAACCGAGCUUCAAUCCAUUUUGACAAAGAUGGCUAUUGAAAUUACAGAAAAACAUGCAGUGGUGCAAGGGAUACCACUUGUACAAGGCUCAGACCGAUACUUUUGGUUUGGUCGGCCUCAGUUAGUGCUUCAUCUCAUUCAUUUCACUUUAUUUCAGAAUGCUUUCCAGAUCACAUAUUUCGUGUGGAUAUGGUACUCUUUUGGGUUGAAGUCUUGCUUCCAUGCUAAUUUGAAGCUCGCAAUUGUAAAAGUUUCUUUAGGGCUUGUGGUUUUAAUUCUGUGCAGUUACAUCACACUUCCACUAUAUGCCCUUGUUGCUCAGAUGGGUUCUCACAUGAAAAAAUCGAUCUUUGAUGAACAAACAUCCAAGGCCCUUAAGAACUGGCACAAGGCUGCAAAAAAGCAGACGGGAGGAAAGUCUCCUGCUCGAUUCCAGGGUGGAAGUGUAAGCGCAACCCCUUCAUCAUUGUUUACCUCCAGAGCACAUUCACUGCAUCGUUUCCAAACUACUGGCCACUCAAACCGCUCAUAUACCUAUGAGGACAUUGAGGCAUCUGAUCUUGAAGCUGAUCCAUUAUCACCCACAUCAUCAACAAGAAACUUAAUGAUAAAAGUGGAUCAUGAUGAAGAUGGAGCAACUGAAAUAAAUGAACUCCAUUAUGAGAAGCAAACCAGCAAUGAAAGUGACUUCUCGUUCGUGAAGCCUGCACCGGCAAAAGAACCAUGAUAUAGCUUUCAGCGGUGGCUGUAGUGUAUGCAGUGAAAGUUUACUGUACCGGUUGUCUAAAAUUUUUUGAAGAUGACUUCUCAUUUGUGAAGCCUGCCUGACAAAACGAACCAUGAGACUUAGCUUCAGCAUUAGCUAUAGCAGAUGCAGAGAAGGUUUACUGCACUUGUGUGUAUGAACCUUAUUUGUUUGGAGAUAAAAGUUUAGUGAUUGAAAUGGGUUGAGUAGUUAUAGUAGAUUUACUUUUUAUUUAUUAAUUUUUUUGUAUAGACAUGCUUGUUCAUUAAUUAUGAAGUGUAAUAAAAUCUAGAGUUCGCUUGUUUAA